GGGCAGGACCUUUAAUUUCCCUUUCGGAGCUGCGACCUGCCAGAUGGUUUCUUGUCCCUAAACCUCAGAGCUUCAGAAAAGUAGUUCCUCGUCCUUUCUGUUUUGAUGGUGCAUUUGACUGACCUGUCUGCAUUUCUAAGUGCUUAUGUCCAAAGGCGCUAAACUUAUUAAACUCCAAGUUAAAGUGUAAGGCGAGCAAGUUAGGCUUCGUGAUGGAUGGCUUUCCUGAUGUGUUGUCUAAAGCACAAAGCUGGGAUCGUGAAUCCAGACGCACAGAAAACUGCACAGCAAGUGUUGUGAACUUAACACGGGAGCUCGAGUAAUGUGAUUCUGGCCCCCACCUUCAGCUGCCAAAACACACGAGGAGUCUUUCAUUUACGCUAGGGUUAUCUUUGCGACCCUCUUUGUAUGUGUGUUUAAUGCAGUCAGAUACUAAUAGGACGCGUGCGUGCGCUGUUAUUGACUGACAGUUAUAUGGGAAGACAUUCUUUACAUUUACUUUGUGUUUCUUUAAAGAAUUUUUUUUCAGCAGAGCUUUCCAGUUUAAACUUUGCCGUCCAAUGUCCUCGCUUGCAUAUUUAAUUCAGCAAAUAAUAUUUGCCUAGAGUCAGGAGUUCAAAAGUGGUGCCCAAAUUAUAUUAUUUAAAGCACCCUCCCAAUGAAGAACUAAAGCAUUUGUUUACUGCAAUUGAUGCUGUCCCCUCCCCUUACAGGAUUAUCUUGACACAGAUCUGAAGUCAUCCUCCACUAGGAGCAGAGGCUCCUAGGGUAAGCCUGGUAUAGGGAAGCAAAUCUCAGGAUAGCCUGUACUUUUAAAAACACUGGGCUGUACUCUUUGUUUCUUUCCCUGACUUUUCUGUCUUACAGCCAGGUGGAGACGGUGCCCAUAGGAAGGCAUCCUUGAAGAACCAACCCUAAGCUCGGUUUCAAUAGGAACACUGUAUCUAUCAAGGAGGCCAGAGCAGCUGUUUGCUCUGCCAGAGUUGAACCGAGGUGUAUUUGCUUUGUAAUAGGACUGACUGAAUAGCACGGACAAUGGGAGCUGUCUCAUGGUGGAGACAGCCAUCUUGGAUGGCGGACAAUAAAAGAGGGAGGAUGACUCCAAGCCUGCCACGGCUCCUGUCGGCUCUGACUCUUCUGCAUCUGAUGAUGCACGUGAAUGGUCUUAAGAGAGGGGUACAAGAUCUGAAAUGCACAACCAACAAUAUGCGAGUGUGGGACUGCUCGUGGCCAGCACCCCCCGGGGUCAGCCCUGGAACUGUUAAAGACAUUUGCAUUAAAGACAGGCCCCAUUCCUGCCAUCGACUAGAGACAACAAAUGUUAAGAUCCCAGCUCUUUCACCCGGUGGUGAUCACGAAGUAACAAUAAAUUACCAAAACGGCUUUCAGAGUAAAUUCACACUGAAUGAAAAAGAUGUUUCUUUAGUUCCGGAUACCCCUGAGAUCUUGAGUUUGUCUGCUGACUUCUCGACCUCCACGUUACAACUGAAGUGGAACGACAAAGGGUCUGCUCUCCCUUAUCCCUCCAAUGCCACCUGGGAGGUUAAGGUUCUGCAGAAUCCGAGGACGGAGCCCGUAGCACUAGUGUCACUCAACACAGUGCUGAGUGGUAAAGAUAAAGUUCACCACUGGAACUGGACCUCAGAGCUGCCCUUGCAGUGUGCCACUCACUCCGUGAGCAUCAGAUGGCACAUCGACUACCCUCGUUUCUCCGGGUACAAAGAGUGGAGUGAAUGGAGCCCGCUGAAGAACAUUUCCUGGACGCGUAAUACCGAGACUAACGUUUUUCCUCAAGACAAAGUGGUACUUGCAGGCUCAAACAUGACAAUUUGUUGUAUAAGUACAACGAAGGUGCUUUCAGGACAGAUUGGAAAUACGUUCCGUCCUCUUAUCCAUCUUUAUGGGGAGACUGUUGCCAUCCACAUCCUGAACAUACCUGUUUCUGAAAACAGUGGAUCAAAUGUGAUUUUCAGCACAGUCGACGAUGUGUAUGGAACGGUCGUGUUCGCAGGCUAUCCACCCGAUGUUCCUCAGAAGCUGAGCUGUGAGACACAUGACUUGAAAGAGAUUAUAUGUAGCUGGAAUCCAGGAAGGAUAACGGGACUGGUGGGCCCACGAAACACAGAAUACACCUUAUUUGAAAGCAUUUCAGGAAAAUCGGCAGUGUUCCACAGGUUUGAAGAACUUGCAAAUGAAACCUAUUGGUUAACCUUGAAAAUGGCUCCUGACCAAGAAAUUCAUAACUUCACCCUGACUGCUCGCAAUCCACUGGGCCAAACAGAAUCAGCGAUAGUCAUCAACGCAACUGAAAGAGUUGCUCUUCAUGUUCCUAUUUCAUUGAAAGUGAAGGACGUCAAUUCAACAGUCGUCACGCUUUCUUGGUACUUGCCAGGAAAUUUUACAAAGAUUAAUCUUGUAUGUCAGAUUGAAAUUUGUAAAGCUAAUUCCAAGAGAGAAGUGCGGAAUGUCACAAUGAGAGGAGCUGAGGAUACAACCUACCAUGUUGCUGUGGACAAACUAAACCCAUAUACUAUCUAUACUUUCCGGGUUCGUUGUUCUUCCGAAACUUUCUGGAAAUGGAGCAAGUGGAGUAAUGAAAAGCGAUAUUUAACCACUGAAGCCACUCCUUCAAAGGGACCAGAUACUUGGCGAGAGUGGAGUUCUGAUGGGAAAAACUUAAUCAUCUACUGGAAGCCUUUACCCAUCAAUGAAGCUAAUGGAAAAAUACUUUCCUACAAUGUGUCCUGUUCAUCAAGCGAGGAGACACAGUCCCUUUCCGAGAUCCUCGAUCCACAACACAAAGCAGAGAUAAAGGUUAAUAAAAAUGACUACAUCAUCAGUGUGGUGGCAAGAAAUUCUGCCGGUUCAUCUCCACCUUCAAAAAUAGCCAGUAUGGAAAUCCCAAAUGAUGACAUCACGGUAGAGCAAGCGGUUGGAAUAGGAAACAGGAUCUUCCUCAGCUGGCAGCACAACCCCAACAUGACCUGUGACUACGUGAUUAAAUGGUGCAACUCGUCAUGGUCUGAGCCCUGCCUCCUGGACUGGAUAAAGGUUCCCUCAAACAGCACGGGGACUGUCAUCGAGUCUGAUCAGUUUCAGCCAGGAGUGAGGUAUAACUUUUACCUCUAUGGGUGUACUAACCAGGGAUAUCAACUGUUACGUUCUACAAUUGGAUACAUAGAAGAAUUAGCUCCAAUCGUCGCACCAAACUUUACUGUGGAAGACACAUCUGCAGAUUCGAUAUUAGUGAAGUGGGACGAUAUCCCCGUGGAGGAGCUCCGAGGCUUCCUACGAGGGUAUCUAUUCUACUUCCAGAAAGGAGAGAGAGACACGCCCAAGACACGGAGCUUGGAGACAAGUCACUCUGACAUCAAGCUAAAGAAUAUCACUGACAUAUCCCAGAAGACACUGCGGAUUGCCGACCUUCAGGGUAAAACCAGUUACCACCUGGUCCUGCGGGCUUAUACACACGGUGGACUAGGCCCAGAGAAGAGCAUGUUUGUGGUGACCAAGGAGAACUCCGUGGGAUUGAUUAUUGCCAUCCUCAUCCCAGUGGCUGUGGCUGUCAUUGUUGGCGUGGUAACAAGCAUCCUCUGCUAUCGGAAGCGAGAAUGGAUUAAAGAAACAUUCUACCCUGAUAUUCCCAAUCCAGAAAACUGUAAGGCGUUACAGUUUCAGAAGAGCGUCUGUGAGGGAAGCAACGCUCUUAAGACAUUGGAAAUGAAUCCAUGCACCCCAAAUCACGUCGAAGUCCUGGAAUCUCGGUCAAUACCCCCUAAAAUAGAAGACACAGAAAUAACGUCCCCAGUUUCUGAGCGUCCCGGCGAAAGCUCUGAGACAGAUCCCGAGAACCAGGCGGCCGUGUCUUACUGCCCACCCAUCAUUGAGGAGGAAAUAACAAACCCAGCCGCAGAUGAGGCGGGAGGGGCUUCCCAGGUCGUGUACAUUGAUGUGCAGUCCAUGUAUCAGCCACAAGCCAAAGCAGAGGACGAGCAGGACGCUGACCCCGUGAUGGUGGCAGGCUAUAAGCCACAGAUGCGCCUCCCCAUUAACCCCGCAGCGGAAGACACAACAGCAGAAGAUGAAGCGGACAAGACCGCAGGUUACAGACCUCAGGCCAACGUAAAUACGUGGAAUUUGGUCUCCCCAGAUUCCCCAAGGUCCACAGACAGCAACAGUGAAGUUGUCUCAUUUGGAAGUCCGUGCUCCAUCAAUUCCAGGCAAUUUUUGAUUCCUCCUAAGGAUGAAGACUCUCCUAAAUCUAAUGGAGGAGGGUGGUCCUUUACAAACUUCUUCCAGAACAAACCAAAUGACUAACCAGGUCACCCUUUGCCACUUCAGUCUGCCAUCUCAGUAAAGCCCUCCCUGCCGCCGUCACGGCAGCAGCUGGGGCAUUUCUGGAAGGACCCUGCAAAUGUUGAUAGCCAGGGACCUUCACUCUGGGCAAGUGACACUAGAAGUGUUAAUGUGCUUUUAAUGUAUCCUAAAAGCCAGAGUGCAGUGACUCAGCCCUCAGCCCCAGAAACUCAAGAUUUGAAGCUGUUUUUGAUUGAGCCAAAGAAUCCUCCCGAAGGAUCUCAAGACUGACUAACUCUGUCUCGUACAUACAUGCAAAACAGAUCUCACAACUGUUUUCUGUUGUUAAUGGUUUUCUCCUCUUUGUAUGUUAUGGAAUCGCAAGUGGAUUUACAGGCAAGGGAGAAAACCAUCCAAGUCAAAACAACGUUAAUUUGUCUGACAUUUACUGCGGUCUAGAGGAAAACCAAGCACAGAUUUUAAAACCUUUACGAUGUCUCUACCCACAGCGUUCACAAAGGCCGAGUCCAGUUUUUCAUGUAGCAGCAGCUGUCUGGUGUUCUGUUUGAUAAAGCGUGCUGAUUUCUGUGCCUACUGUAUAGUGGUUAUCAAACAGUCGUCUCAGGGGUACAAACUUGGAAAAAACAAGUGUGACACUGACCAGCCCAAAUCAGCAUCACAUCGCUUUCGAGAGGUGUGACAAACCUUUCUCCUAUCUCAAAGCUUGCAUGAUAGCUUCCGUUAGUACAGUCGAUUGCCCUGAUGUUGGAAAUCUCUAGAACUGUAUCCAGAUUCUCUCUAUUUGCUCCAUGUUGUGUUAUAGGGUCUGCUUCGUGAGAGCAAAUUCCACAUUAUUUACAGGUAUAUCAUUGUAAUGGGUUGCUACGUAAGAUGACUACUAAGAAAUAGCUGGUGGUAUGUGCUGACUCCAUAGGUCCAAUUAGGCUCAGUUCCCCCUGGGGAUAGGCCAUGAAGCCUAACCGAUGGCUGGGAUGAUCUCUGAGGCGUCUCUGUAGCUUUCUCUACUGCUCAUGGGUCACAGCCCUCCUCCCUCAAGCAGUUGGGGGUCCAGAGUCUCAGACCCUACUUCAAACUCGCCCUGCAGCAGUUAGUGAUUUUGUAAUAGAGGUCAUAAAACAUACGGGAUUGGUAGGUGGUAGCCCAUGAUUGUUCUGUCAGCAAUGAAGAGGCAGGUCCUGAGCACAGCACCCUCAAAACACCCUGGUUUCUCAUCAGCAGAAUGGGUAGAGUGAAUGCCAUUCUUAGAAAAGCAGUAAAAACCUGAAGUGUAUGUCAUGUAUUUGUCUUGUCUUGUCAACUUUGGUUGCCAAAGUACAUGACAGUUUGAAACACCUGAGGGGUAGACGACCUUUGUAUCGUCUGAAGUCCCCCAAAUUUUUCAAUAUUGGAUUGCUCUUUCAGUUCAAAUUUUAUCCAUUUACUUUAUUAUUAUUAUUAUUAUUAUUUUUUGAGGUUGGGUCUUGUUAUGUAGCCCUGGCUGUCCUGGAACUCACUAUGUAGAUGAGGCUGGCCUCAGACUCAGAGAUCUACCCGGCUCUGUCCCCCAAGUGCUGGUGUGUGUGCCACCAUGCCCGGCCUCUUAUUUUAUCUUUUAAAGGAUCAUGGGGGGGAAAAAUACAGGAUGACAAGGGAUAAAAUCAUGAUCCUGUUUUUUAACCCUAGGAUUCAGCUACAUUUUGGAGCUUCAUGAUAUGAUGGUAUGUGGAAGGAAAUACAAUUAAUUAUGCAACUGUGUAGUGUAUAAAAGGUAGAGAGUAGCUCUUAGAAAUUGUCUGUACUGAAAAAUAUUCCAAAUCAGAGCCAUAACCAAA